UUUCACCUCAUGAAGCUUUAAGCUUACAAACAACUUUAACAAUUUACAAAACUGAAAACAUGCACGACAAUUACCAAAUCGCAACACAAAUGCAUGCAAAGUCGACUAAACGAACUUGCCAAAACGAUAGCGCAUGCCGUAACACGCAUUUAUACGCAACGCCGCAGAAGAAAGCUCCGCUCGACAUUAAUAUACCACACGACUCAAUCAAUACAAUUACAGCAACGCUAAGUGACUUAAGCGACAUGCCGCACUACCGUUAUGGCGGUAGUGAUGCCUUAGCGUCCACCUUAUCACUGCUGCCGCUCGGACGACGUCGUUGGUUUCAGCGCCAAACUUGCUUACUUUGCAUUUUGGCGGCAUUCAUUUGCGGUCUAUUCCUCGGCAUCUUCGUGCCUAUGGUGGAUUUGAGUAAUGUAUUUUCAAACUUAUCAACGGAGCCCGCGCCGCCUGCAGCUAUAUUGGGUCAACACAUACCGCUCGGAUUAACUGCUUCGGAUUGGGAACCGCUGCCUAACGAUGAAGUCAAAUUAGCGACACCCUUUAAUCGCACAACAGCGGCGACGCACAGAGGCAACCUGAAGGAGGCGGCACACAGCCCCUUUAGCGUCGCCUUCAUUAGCGAACACGAAGGCAGGAUUGGUGUGGAGGAAAUUUUGAGCGAUGGCGCGCAUCAUGCUGACGAUAGACGCGAUGCGCGUGUACAGCGCACGGCGGAUGCACCACUAGCGCGACCGACAGCGGAGCGCACUUCGAAAAUGCUGCACGACUUCGGCGCACCAACUUGGUCGCAGCAACAAAAUUUAGAAAACAACAUCAUGACGAAGAAUAUACUGCAACGACCGAACGCGCAAAAGAAACACCAAUCGGCAACACCAAGUGCACCGGGCAUCAUAAAAUCCAACAUCUACUGGGGUGAGCUGGUAGAGCGCGCGCUGCCACAAGGUUUCAGCGCACAGGACACACGUGAUUGGAAUGCCUAUGUUGGGUCCGAAACGGCGGUGCAAAGACUGGAGCAGGGCUGCGGUCGCAUGCAAAAUCGGUUGCUCACCUUCCGUGAUGGCACACGCGCCUGUGCGCGCUAUCGUCAAAACACCGAUCAAAUACAAGGUGAACUUUUCUCCUUUUACUUGGGACGCCUAUUGAAUAUGACAAAUCUCGCACCCAGCGCCGUGCUCACGGUGAAUGUGGAAUCGGACAAAUGGGCGACCGUUGUGCAUGACAUAAUGCAAGCGCAAUGGAAGCAGCAACGCCCGGUGGUGUUGACGCGUUGGCUGCCAAAUCUCGAACCGGCCGGCAUACCACAACCCUUCCAACCGAUCGAUCGUCAUCUCAACAAGCAAGAUGUAUGGAAUAUAACAUCAACGCUGACGACGACGACGGCUGAUACAUCUGUUAGCGCGGAGGCUACCGAUAAUGCAUUAAACCAAGAUGCUCACUCCCAAGAUGCUUCCAUUAACAUAUCCAUUACACCAAACUCGUUGGCACUGGAGCGUCUAGUUGAACUCGCUCAAUGGUCGGACUUGAUAGUGUUCGACUAUUUGAUUGCGAAUCUCGAUCGUGUCGUCAACAAUCUCUACAACUUCCAAUGGAACGCUGAAAUUAUGGCCGCACCGGCGCAUAAUCUAGCACGUCAGUCCAACUCGCAGUUACUGAUCUUCCUCGACAACGAAUCCGGCUUGCUGCAUGGUUAUCGAUUGCUCAAGAAAUACGAGGCUUACCACGGACUCUUGCUGAAUAACUUGUGCGUUUUUCGUGAGCCCACCAUACGCGCUUUGCGACUGUUGCGCGAUGCUGGUGCGGGUCGUAAGCUGCGCGAGGUUUUCGAACAAACGGCGAACGCUGAGGUACGCGAUGUGCUGCCGACGUUACCGGACAAAUCAAUAAAAAUACUAAACGAUCGCAUUGAUCGGGUGCUAGGACAGGUGGAUAAGUGCAAGCAAAUGAUCAAUAAUAGCUAGUAACUUAGCCACGAUGGUGUUGUAGCCUUUGUGAAAGCCCAAGAGAAACGUUUGCGGUGCUCAAUGUAAAAAUGUAUUCUAAAUUAGUUAGGGCUAGAAGUUUUAAUAUUUAUAUUAUAUUGCUAGUUAUUUGUAUGCGUAAUUGUAGGGCAUUAAGUAAU